AGACUUUUCUAAAGAAUGUUUGUUUUCUCCUGUCCCGCAGACCUCAAUGAAGCACAUCGUCCUCGUGAGCAGGAGGAGGAACCACAGUCCCCCCACAUACACGAGGAAGAAGAGGUACCACAUUCCCAACACAUCAAAGAGGGAGGAGAGGAGCCACAGCCCCCCCACAUUAUAGAGGAAGACGAGACGCCACAGACCCAUAAUGUUAAACUGACCCUUCACAUUAAAGGGCAAGCGGAGGACCCACUGAACUUACACAUCAAAAAGGAAGAGGAGGACUCACUGACCCCCAACUUUAAAGAGGAAGAGGAGGACCAAGAGCCGCCGCACAUUAAAGAGGAAGAGGAGGAAGAGGGCAUCAGUCAGCCUAAAUGGUUGGAGGAGUUCCCAGUGACUGGUGUCCCUGUGAAGAGUGAAGAUGAUGAGGUGAAAGGUGAAAGUGAGGAGAGGGGAGGGGGGGAGCCUCCAAGCAGCAGCUCAACACAACACAUGACAACAGAAGCUGAUGGAGACCACUGUGGAGGAUCACAAGCAGACAAGCUCUUAGCUCCACUAUCAGAUAGUGAGGACACAACGUCACACUCUCCUGACACUGAUGAUGAAGACUCUAAAGAUGAUAAGACAUGUCACACUGACAACACUCACUUCACAUCUUCUCACUCUCACAAAACCUUUAAAUACCAUAGUCUUCUGAAAACACACAUGAGAAGACACACCGGAGAAAAACCUUUUAUCUGUUCAAUAUGUGGCAAAGGUUUUGUAGAAAGUCACAAUUUGAAAGUACACAUGAGAACACACACCGGUGAAAAACCUUAUGUCUGUUCAAUCUGUGGUACAUGUUUUGUACAAAGAAUCAAUUUGAAAGUACACAUGAGAACACACACUGGUGAAAAACCUUUUUCUUGUUCAAUCUGUGGUAAAGGUUUUACACAACGUCAGAAUUUGAAAGUACACAUGAGAACACACACUGGAGAAAAACCUUUUUCUUGUUCACUCUGUGGUAAAGGUUUUACACAACGUCAGAAUUUGAAGGUACACAUGAGAACACACACCGGUGAAAAACCUUUUUCCUGUUCAAUCUGCGGGAAAGGUUUUAGAGAAAGUCAACAUUUGAAAAGACACAUGAGAACACACGCUGGUGAAAAACCUUUUAUCUGUUCAAUCUGUGGUAAAGGUUUUGUUGAAAGUCAGAGUUUGAAAGUACACAUGAGAACACACAAUGGUGAAAACCCUUUUUCUUGUUCAAUUUGUGGUAAAGGUUUUGCACAAAAUCAGAGUUUGAAAAGACACAUGAGAACACACACUGGAGAAAACCUGUUUACCUGUUCAAUAUGUGGUAAAGGUUUUGUUAAAAGUCAGGGUUUGAAAGUACACAUGAGAACACACAAUGGUGAAAAACCUUUUUCCUGUUCAACCUGUAGUAAAGGUUUUACACAAAGUCAAUGUUUGAAAGAACACAUGAGAACACACACUGGUGAAAAACCUUUCUCCUGUUCAAUCUGUGGUAAAGGUUUUGCACAAAGUCAACAUUUGAAAAGACACAUUAAAACACACACUGGUGAAAAAUCACAUUCCUGUUCAAUCUGCAACAGAAGCUUUUGUGACCGAUCAAAGCUUGUAAGACACAAGGGAACACACACUGGUGAAAAAUCACAUUCCUGUUUAAUCUGCAACAGAAGCUUUUUUCAACGAUCAAACCUUAUAAGACACAUGAGAACACACACUGGUAAAAAAUCACAUUCCUGUUCAAUCUGCAACAGAAGCUUUUGUGACCGAUCAAACCUUGUAGCACACAUGAGAAGACACCCAGGAGAGAAAGUGUUGAGUUGCAGUGUGUGUGGUGAAAGAUUGUCUUCUAAGUACCAGUGUAAGAAACACAAGUGUGCUGGUGAGAACAGCAGCAGCAAAUGAAACUGCAGGAUUUGAAAUAAACUGUCCAGACUUUCAUUUUGACUUUCUAACAACAUCAGCACAUAUAACAUGUGUGACAUUGUUGUUUGGGUAACAAUCUUUUUAAUAUGCUUCCACAUUUAUAGAUUAGAUAUUUUAUAUGAAUGAUUUUAUCAGUCAAGCACAUGCAUUAAUAUGCAACAUUGUGUACUUUUAUUAAAAAAGGGACAGAACAAUUUGAGUAAAAAGGUGAGAGUAAACAGUACAAGACUUAUUUUACAUGGAAAAAACAUUUUGUGUGUGUGUACCCGCACACACACACACAGACACACACACA